AAGAGAGGGGCUGCGUGUGGGGAGGUUUGUGAGAACAGACGCCAAAGACCCACUUUCCGAGAGAAAGAAAGAACAUCUGCAAAAAGAUGCUGUUGUUGCAACUGGUCUUGCUCACGGUUCUCUUCCCAGGUGGUGACAGUGACGAUGCAGCCCAGGAACCCCUCUCGUUCCAUGUCGCCCAGAUCUCCUCCUUUGCCAACCAAUCCUGGGCACAGCAUCAGGGCUCAGGCUGGCUGGGUGACAUGCAGACUCACGGCUGGGACAGCGAGUCUGGCACGAUAAUUUUCCUGCACUCGUGGUCUAAGGGCAACUUCAGCAACGAGGAACUGAUCGACCUGGAGCUUCUGUUCCGCGUCUACUUCAUCGGAUUAACUCGGGAGACUCAAGAGUAUGCCGGUCAAUUGCAAUUCAAAUAUCCCAUGGAAAUACAGGUGGCAGCUGGCUGUGAGCUACAUUCUAGCGACAUUGCAAAAGGCUUCUUACGGGCAGCUUAUCAAGGAUCAGAUUUCCUGAGCUUCCAAAACAUGUCCUGGGUGCCAUCUCUAGAGAGUGAUAGCAGAGCCCAGAGCGCCUGUGACCUCAUGAACCAGUAUGAAGCCAUCAGGGAAACGGUGCACAGCCUCACCACAAACACCUGUCCCCGAUUUGCCUUGGGUCUCUUCGAUGCAGGGAAGGUGGAUCUCCAGAAGCAAGUGAGGCCAGUGGCCUGGCUGUCCAGUGGCCCCAGUCCCGGUCCUGGCCGUCUGCUGCUGGUGUGCCAUGUCUCCGGCUUCUACCCAAAGCCAGUGUGGGUGACGUGGAUGCGGGGUGAGCAGGAGCAGCAGGGCACCCGGCAAGGCGACGUCCUGCCCCACGCCGACGGGACGUGGUAUCUUCGGGUGACCCUGGACGUGGCGGCCGGGGAGGCGGCCGGCCUGGCUUGCCGGGUGAGACACAGCAGUCUAGGAGGCCGGGACAUGGUCCUCUACUGGGGACACCACCUUUCCAUGUACUUGAUCCUGUUGGCUGUGACAGUGCCCCUCAUUCUUCUGAUAGUCGUUGCAUUGUGGUUUAAGAAGCGCUGGUGA